UCGCUGCGGCUGUACGUGUUUUUGGUGUUCCCGCGCUCGGCAGUGCAGUGCUUGUGACAACGCGCCAAAACGCGCGCCCACUUGAAUGAUCUGUUUGUGUACCCUCGGCUUGUUUAGUGAUUAUCCUGCUAUGGGCGCCGCCUGAGGAUUUUCUCUCCUCUAUCGUGUCGCGGCGAUUGUGGGCCGCGGCAUGUGGCGGCGUCACGCGCUCACCGCCGCCCUCGUGCUCGCCGCGCAUCUUAUCAAAGUUCUGUCGUGCGGCGAGGCGCGUGGCACAGGUGGCGCGGGAGGGGCGGGCAGCGCAAGCCGCGCGCGGCGCUAUGUGGGGCUGUACACAGGCCCGUACUUCGACCCGGCGGCGCCGAACAAUGUGACAGCACAGCUGGGCACGCAUGCCUACCUGCCCUGCAAGGUGCGCCAGCUUAGCAACAAAUCAGUCUCGUGGAUACGCCGUCGUGACGCACACAUACUCACUGUCGACCGAUUCACCUUCAUCGCCGAUGAGCGCUUCCAGGCCUUCCUCGUCGAGGCCACAGACACAUGGACGCUGCAAGUCAAGUACGUGCAGCCGCGCGACGCUGGCCUUUACGAAUGCCAGGUCGGGACCGAGCCAAAGAUGAGCCACUUCGUGCAGCUCAACGUUGUGGUGCCUAAGAUUGAAAUCGCAGGCGAGAGUGAGAUCUACGUGAAAGCGGGCAGCACGGUCAGCCUCAAGUGCAUAAUCACACAGGCGCUGGAGGAGCCCGCCUAUAUAUUCUGGUACCACAACGAUCAGCGAGUGCUGAGCUACCGGCGCGGUCUUCGCGAUAUCCGGGUAGAGCGAGUGGGACCCGACACCACCGUAGGUCACCUCGUCCUACACCAUCCUGUGCGCGAAGACUCCGGCAACUACUCCUGCGCACCAUCUAACCUUGACUCAGCUUCCGUCGUACUCCAUGUGCUUAGUGGUGAGCAACCAGCCGCUAUGCAGCAUGGCAAUGCAGCGCGGCCCGCUGCACCCAAUGCCGUACUAUUGACUUUAGGUGCACUCACCGCAUUAUGGGGUAUGUCACGGGGUCCACGAGUUCCAUCGCGGGGUGAUCCAGGUCGGGGUGUAGCAGUAUUGCUAGCUCCAUUCAUUCCGCUUAUCCGUCUGCUCGCCUUCGUGGUGUCUACAUUGAUCCUGUGUCACGACGAGGACGAUUCCCAAUAGCGGAAGGUGCAUUAUCCGGCCGUAGACAUAGAAUGUUCUCGGCCAUUGAUACGAUACUGUCCCGGAAUACAUAUGAGGAACAUCUGAACGAACACCGGCAUGUGAUGUGUAAAUAGUAAUUUAAUUAAAUUUUGCAUAAUAUAAUGAUCGUCACAAAUACGGUACCUACUGAAUAUAAUGUGUUUUAUAUAUUUAAAAAUAAUGUCUGAACUAAUUAGUGUGAUCCUCGCGAGCCGGUAUGUUUAUCGAUAGUCCACUCGAACCGUGACUUGUGAACGUCGCUUUUGUAAACUUGUAAAUAUUAUUGAUAAAUUAUAUAUAAUAUAAAUACUGAAUUAUUGAUUGUUUAAAACAAAAAGCGCGCCAUGCAGUCUUGACACUUGAUUUACGUACUUAUUGUCGACGUCAGACGUCAAAUUAUAGUGUCAUUUCGUUUUAUUAAUUUUAUAUAGAGCUGUAGUAUCUUAUAAGUUGAAACAUUGCAGCUCGUUUUAGCUAUAAUACCUUCUCUUAUUGAUGCAAAUUAUUAGUUUCGAGUAUUCAUCCGAACUCUACCAACAUCUUUUCAGCAGAAUUUUUCAUUAAUAUAAGUGCACUUUGUAUAUAACUAUUCAAAAGAAACUUUAGAGAAAAACGAAAUGACUCCGACGCGUCGCUUGAAAUCACUUGGUCGACAGACUUGAUUAGUAAAAAUUCUAAAUGAGACUUAGGCUACGGGAAUCAGGCUUAGCACUAAAUCUCAUUUCUGGAUUCGCUUAGAAUCAAGCCUCGAUAAUUGUCUAAGUGUCGGCUAAGCCGCUAUGAAUAUCUUAAGUUAGAGUGAGCAAGACGUCGUGUGGCGUGUACGUUGUGUAAAUAUAUGGACGUUGUAUAGGGAUGUGGCCCUGCCAGAUCCUGCAUUUUGUAUAUUACUUUAAGUAUAUCUGGUUUUAACGCAGUUUUCAACGUGUUGACCUAGUCCUAAGUGAAACAGAAUUCGUUUUAUACAUUACAUAAUAAAAUCAUCAGCGACCUCAAAGGACUGUUACUAAAAAAGAGAAAGUUCCGAGAAUUUCACUAUCUAUGAAAUUGUCAUUUUGCGUUAAUCCAAAGAUAAAUAAUUAUUAUUUUUAUUGUGUACGUACCAUAUUAGAUUUUCCAUAAUAUUUCCGCAAUACAACGAAGGAAAAGUUUAAACGAGGACGCUCUUUUGAGGUCAGUGAAUGAGUUCUCGAUAUGAUCGGAAAUAGUUAUCCCUCGCGUGUUGUUCAAAACUAUGAAUUCAUAAGCGUGCGAAACUAAUUGUAGAUAAUUUCUUAACUUACAAGGUGAAAGAAAAACUAGCCCUCGGCAUCCUAGAAAAAUAUUCAUUUUAUAAAUUUAUCGACUUUAGAAUUUAUUAAUUUGGUUUGCGGUCAGUCUGUAAAAUGUCUUUUAUAUCAGUCUCAUUUAUGGGACAAAAACAUAUAAAUACUAACGUUGGACAAAGACACGUUCCGUCAUUUUCUACUCAUAUCUAAAAUCUUAGAUACGUUUUAUACCGUUUGGUUUAUUUAUUGAAAAUUGUUAACAGUUCAUCAAAUAAAAAUCAAGCGUAUAUUUGAAAACAUACCUUAAGUCACAAUUAUGCCUUCAUGCUUUAAUAUAUUGGACGUUUUAUCUCAUUACACAGAUUUGAGACCGAUUUACGUUUUAAAAUACAGAUCACAUUUAUUUAAAUAAUAUUUAGUUAUACGAGUAGAUAGCAGACAUAACUUGUUCCAACUUUUCGUAGUUCGUACUUCGAUCAACUUGUUCAAAAAAGUUCCCGCCAUAUGUAAAUGUCAUCUGCGUCUUUUUUCGACGCAUAGACUAUAAAUAUCAAAGUUCUAUGUCCACAGACAAAAUAUUUUAAACAACACGCGCUGGAAUAACAUCGAUUUUGUUAUUGUACAUUGUAGUUAUUUAUUUACGCUAAUUUUCCACCUAUUUAUCUCUUGGCACUGGGAGAAAAUAGACGGAAGUUGAAUUGUGUUUGAUUCGUUGACACUGUUACUGCCUCACUGUAAAUAUUAUAAUAUUAAUCCGUAAGUACUAUAAAUAAAGAUCGUUG